AUGUUAAGACUUCGAAAGGAAUUUCUCCUUGAUAAUUCUAAAGAUAUAAACCAAGAAUUUUUAAAUGAAAUUGAAAAUCAACAUAAUUAUGGAGCUAAAGAAAUUAAAGAGUCAGUCAAAAAUUCAAAUCAAGUCAUAUCAACACGACUCAACUACCAGACGCAUAAACAAGCUAUUUAUACAAGUCGGCGUUUGAACUAUCAAAAUCUUCCUAAACCAAUAAAUGCCAAUCCAGUAUUUGCAGUAAGCAAAUCUGUUGAAUGUCCAAAUUUUGACUAA